AUGACAUCUUCUCUCUAUUCUCCACCUCUCAAAUCACUGACUCCCGAGCUGUUGUCCCAGCUCAAAGAGCGCAGUGAAAAGUUUCUCUUCGAGAUCAUCAGCACGAACUGGAAAUCACAGUUCUACCAAACCGCUGAUGAGCUCAACAUCUUCAGCCACACUGUUGAAAUGUUGCACGAUGCAUAUGACACUUGCAAACCUUCCUUGGUUCGGUUUUUCAACGAACCCUGCCAGGAAUCCGAGGUCAUUAACCUUUUUGCACCUGGUUUCCCUGUCUUCCUCGCACUAUCUAGUGCGACCUCGGGGAAGGCACCUAAAUAUUUCGCGAAGUAUAGAGAAACUACCUACCGUGCACUAGGCGCUCAGGGCCAGAGCAUAUACGCGUAUCGCUUAGCGUAUAGGGUUGUAAGUGUCUUCCGUGGAGAUAAAGACAUUGUGCGAAAAAUUACCGUCUCCGGAGUGGGUACUGCUGCUCCACAGGCAGGCACAAUAACAGAACUUGAAAAUAUCGAGCACGUUGCUUCACUUCUGAGUAUAUUCUUCGGUAUUAUGCUCAAUAACAACUAUCAGGUGAAGCAUCUGUUUAGCCCUGAUAUAAUACUCCAAUCGCACGGAUUUGGCAGUAUUUUAUUGGAUGAUGGGUUCGUUGAGCACCCCGACUUGGUCUCAGAGGAGGUUGCUGACAGCUAUAUGCGUCACGAUAUUUGUCGAAAGGCGGAAGGUUCGAUUGUUUUAUCGGUGACGGAAGCUCAACUGGUUGAAUCGAUAUUUUCUGUGACCCAAGACACAAUCGGUCAAGUUAUGGAAGUUCCUUGUUUCAAAGAUGUUCGACAACUUCAUCAUACUAUUGAAUUCUUUUUGGAGCUAGCUCAGGAGCCAGGUAUGUUAAGCACCACCUCCCGGCAUCCUCGCAAAGCAGUGACUGUUUGA